GCCGGGACAAAUGGAGGCGGGGCGCGGGCCGGUCCGGGCGGCAGGCUGUGUACGGCAGGGAUGAGGAGCCGCCAGCGGGCGUUCGCAGCGGUGAUGCGGCUCUGUGUGAAGUGCCUGCGCGUGGGCCGGCGGUGCAGGUUCAGGCUGGCCUGGCGGGCGCAGCAGCUGUGGCGCUACGGGCACCUCUGCCUGCGCUCCCUGCUCUACAACUCCUUCACCAACAGCGACGUGCUGCUGGACUCCCUCUUCGAGCCCAUCUACUGGCUGGUGGAUCACGUCACUCGCUGGUUCGGUGUGGUGUUUGUGGCGCUGGUGAUCGUGCUGACAAGCUCCAUCGUGGCCAUUGUCUACAUCUGCCUGCUGCCCCUCAUCCUGCAGACCUACCCGCCCGGCUGGAUCUGCUGGCACCUCGCCUACGGCCACUGGAACCUGCUCAUGAUCCUCUUCCACUACUACAUGGCCAUCACCACCCCGCCAGGGAACCCCCCGCAGGCCAAGAGCAACACCGUGGCCGUCUCCAUCUGCAGGAAAUGCAUCUCCCCCAAGCCUGCCCGCACGCACCACUGCAGCAUCUGCAACAGGUGUGUGCUGAAGAUGGACCAUCACUGCCCAUGGCUGAAUAACUGCGUGGGACACUACAACCAUCGCUACUUCUUCUCCUUCUGCCUCUUCAUGACCAUGGGCUGCAUCUACUGCGGCAUCAGCAGCUGGGACAUGUUCCGAGAGGCCUAUGCUGCCAUUGAGAGAAUGAAAAUGCUUGAGAAGGAGAGACUGCAGGUGGCUGCCAACCAGACGUACUACCAGACGCCGCCCCCCGCCUUCUCCUUCCGCCAGAGGGCCUUCCACAAGAGCAUAGUCUACCUGUGGGUCCUGUGCAGCUCGGUAGCACUGGCCCUGGGGGCCCUCACGCUGUGGCACGCUGCCCUCAUCACCCGAGGGGAGACCAGCAUCGAGAGACACAUCAACAAGAAGGAGCGGCAGAGGCUGCAGAAGAAAGGCAGAGUGUUCCGGAACCCCUACAGCUACGGCGCCUGGGGCAACUGGAAGGUGUUCCUGGGCGUGGAGACGCGCAGACACUGGCUCACCCGUGUCCUGCUGCCGUCUACACACCUGCCCCAUGGAACGGGCCUGAGCUGGGACCGUCCUCCUUGUGUGACAGAGCCACACACACCUCUCCUGGCCAUCUAA